AUGAGUCACAACUUGCUGUGGAAAGCCUAUCAUGAGGACAACGUCGACAAGUUUCGGCGCCUGCUGGCCCCCGCCGCCUACAAUGCCCAGAGCGCUUCCAAGAGCCCCAGCAUAGGAACAGGAGGAUCCGCCAGCCCCGGCGCAUUCGGGACAUCACCCAGGAAUGCCCCCAAGUCGCGCAAGGCCUCGGCCCUGGGGCCAGGCGCAGGAGGUGCGCGUUCUGGCAACGUGAACUUUGGUCGCGCCGAAGUCAACAGCCGCGACUACAUGGGCCUGACCAUUCUCCUGCGCGCCGCAUCCUCCGACUCCGAGAACGCCAUCGCCUUCGUCGAAGCCCUGCUCGAUCACCCUGCCGUCGAUAUCUAUAUGCAAGACCCCGAGAGUGGCUGGAAUGCCCUCCAUCGCGCGCUGUAUACGGGCAACGUCUCGAUCGCGAGACUGUUGCUAGACAAAGAGCGAAGAGACCUUUCUGGCCUGACCGUUGGCGCAUCUGUCGCCAAAGUUGGAAGGCUCAUAAAGACAAAGGAUAACGAGGGCAACAGUCCAUUCGACUUGUACAACUCGACUAUUGGCGAACGCAAUCUGAAGAGCCUGGAUAACGCGGAUAACUCGGAUGAUGAUUCAGAAAGCGAGGAAAUCGCGGUUGCGACGGACAAUGUUGCCAGCGGUGGUCUGCUCGACCUGAACAAUGGCACCGAGGUCUUCGCGUUUGGCAGCAACAAGAACUUGUCCCUUGGUCUCGGAGACGAGGAUGACCGGCAGUUCCCCGAGCGGGUCUAUCUUGAGCGCCCUGGCCAUUUGAUCCAGAGGUUCUACGAAGAAUAUCUGGAGAAAGGCGGUGUUGAGACGCCCGACCAAAUCCCAACGCUCACUCGUCACAAGGAGCUGCUCGUGCACGACGUCGCCUUGUCGAAAUACCACAGUGCCAUUUUGACGACCGACCCUGUUUCCAACCUGUACGUUUGUGGUAUUGGCCGUGGGGGUAGACUCGGACUGGGAGACGAGAACACGCGGUUCACAUAUACCCCAGUCCAAGGUAGCCUCGCGAAUAAGAAAGUGACUCAAGUUGCAGUGGGACAGAACCACACUUUGGCAGUCACGUCAGAAGGUGGCUUGUAUAGCUGGGGGUCCAAUGCCAACUCGGCGCUCGGCUAUGCGCUGCCUGAGCCCCCUCCUGGAGAAGAGGCUAUGAGUCUUUUACCCCGGCAGCUGUUCGGGCCACUCAAAAAGGAGGUCAUCGUUGGUGUCGCUGCAUCAACUAUUCACUCGGUGGCAUUCACGAGUGCUGGCAGUCUUUACUGCUGGGGUCGCAACACCGGACAGCUGGCUCUGAUGGACGCCGAUUCGCGUUCACUCGAGGUACAGCAGACACCCAGGAAAGUAGCCGCCUCCUUAUUGAACAGCGGUAUCACCAUGGUUUCGGCCAUCGACAAGGCGACCACCUGCCUUCUCGCGAACUACACCGUGGUUGUGUUCACAAGUUAUGGCUACAACGUCGUGAAAUUUCCUUUCGGUGAAGUCGGGCUGGCAAGUCAUCAUCUGGGCAAUAUAUCCAUGUCUUCGCGUUACGACGCAGAGCGGAACCGGAUCAAGUAUAUUGCCUCGGGCGGCGAGACCAUCGUAGGAGUGAGUGGUCGUGGCGACCUCUUCUCCAUGAAUCUCACCAAGAAAGCGGAUACUCAAUUGUCGAUGUCCACUACCAACCCUUCAAAAAUCAAAGGUGCUGUCAGCCAGCCAAUCUGCAUCUGGAACGCUCACAAGGACGGGGUAAGGUCCGUCGACGUUGGCGAGCAUGGUUCAGUCAUAAUCAGCACGCAAACAGGGGCAGUGUGGCGGCGUAUCCUCCGGGCCAAAGCGAAAGACACUCACGUGGCUGGUUCCAGUGAAGCCAAACGCAAGGAUUUCAAAUUCCAGCGUGUCCCUAGCAUCACCAACAUCGUCACUGUACGGAGCUCUGUCUUCGGAGCCUUUGCUGCCGUUCGAAAAGACUCUGAAGUCAUGCGCGAGCAAGUCACCGUUGGUCGUCAGACCCUCUGGGACGACAUCGCGCCGCUCAAUUGUCUCCGGGACUUCAAAUCGUCCGACCCAGGCCCGAAAGGAAAGGCCAUCAUCAAAACCUGGGAUGCCGGUACGCUUCAGCAGAGACUGGGGGCCGUCGCGUAUGAAGUGCUGAAAUCCCCCAACCUCGAAACGGACCUUCAGCACUACUUGCUGUCGUGGCGUGCCGGGAACGAAUCUUCACAGUCUGCUCUGGACACUGUCAUCCGCUCCUCGUCUCUUCCAGAGCUCCAAGUCCCAGUUCACAGCUGGUUACUAUCCGCCAGGAGCCCUACUCUCCGUCAAGCUUUAUGGUCCUUUCGAACCAUUGGCACUUACAAACCUUCUGAUGUGUUCAUCAUUGAAACCCAUGACGAAAAAAUUGUCGUGACCUUUGCUGGGAUUGACAUCAUUUCACUAUUAAAUCUGGUUGUCUACAUGUACGAAGAUCGUGUCAUUCCGGCAUGGAAUUACACUCGCCACGAUCCGUCACUGGCCUAUAGGUAUCGCCAAAUCCGAGCUGAAGUCGUCAGGACAGCGAACAACCUGGAGCUGGGAAAGCUGGAAGCCGCAGCCCAGAAGCAAGUCGACCCUCAAAGACAACUAGAUGAGGAUUUGCGAUCAGCCCUGGGGGAUCCACAGUUUUUCGAGGACGCCGACGCGGUUUUGGAGCUCGACGGCGAUGAAUUGCUAGUUCAUAGCGGCUUGUUGUGUCAGAGGUGCCCGUUCUUCGAGGGACUGUUCUACGGACGCUCCCAGGGUAUGUGGCUAGCAAGCCGCCGUGAUGCCCAGGGGCCUUCAGAAAGGAUACCCGUCGAUCUGAAGCACAUCGAUCCAGAGACUUUCAAAUUUGUUCUGAGCUAUCUUUACUCUGACACAGGGGACCGAAUGUUCGACGGAGUGGUGGCUGACAAUCUGGACGAAUUUACGGACUUGGUAAUGGACGUUCUUUCCGUCGCCAAUGAGCUUAUGCUUGACCGCCUGUCGCAAAUUUGCCAGCAGGUCUUGUCUCGGUUUAUCAACACGCGCAACAUCGCACAUUUCCUGAACGCCAUCAGUCCAUGUUCCGUUACCGAAUUCAAAGACGCCGGCCUGGAAUAUAUCACUCUUCAGUUGGAAAACAUGCUCGAGAAUAACCUUCUAGCCGAGCUCGACGAGGAGCUAUUACUUGACCUGGACGAAGUGGUCAGAGGCAAUCAGCUUGCUCGUUACCCUUUCGCAAGGAGCGGUCGGGCAACACUCCUGCUUCACGAGCAAUAUCCGAACCUGGCACAGGACAUAGAUGAGGAAAGGCAACGCAGGGUGAAGGAAAUGGCCUUCAAGGCUAGCCAAAAGGAGGAUGAGAAGAAGCUUUCCUCCUCGCUCAAGGGCAAAUUUGGCAGCCUCGAAGACCUUCACCCCGCGUCUCCUUCUCUGGAUAGGUCCAAGGGCAAAGGGGCGGCGAGAAGAAAUGAGCCCUUUAGCCCUAACCUACGCCCGAAAGCUGGCCAGGCUGACCUGAUGUUCGAUAUGGAUGAGGAUGAAGGCCCGCUAGAGAGUCCAUCCAUGCGGCCUGAGAGGGCGAUAAAUCCAAGGAAGAAAGUCGAACUCGACCAAAUCCCUCCGCUGAGCGAGUCCUUCCGCGGUCAGCAGUCGAAACCCGUCCGACACUCGCCCUUGGGCUCUUCGCCAGCAGGGCUUGGACUAAGCUCGACUUCCGUGACUGACCAGCCUUCGGCCACGUCUCUCAAGUCAGGCAACCCGUGGGCUUCUUCAAAGUUGCCAACUGCUAAGCUUGACCUGCGAGAAAUCAUGAAUGAGACACCGCCUGCCCGUUCUGCUUUGUCUGCGGGGUUGGCUGCACAAAAAGCGAAAGAAGCCUCGGCCAAGCCUUCACAGACGAAGUUGUCACAAAAGGAGCGAAAGCGGCAGCAGCAGCUUCAAGCAGAGCAGGCGGCUCAGUUCGCCCAAGCGCUUUCGGACAAGACUGCAUGGGAAAAACCAACCACAGACCUCAAGUCACCGCCAUGGAAGGCAGUGUCUAGUGAGUCUAAAACCCCUUCUCAGGAUAUUCGUGCAGAUGCGCCAAGGUCAGCUCCGCCAAACACGAAGCCCCUUUUGGCGGCAGAAGCGUCAGGGAAGUCUAUUCCACGACGGACUCAGUCUCCAGAUACACGGCACUCUGGCCAGUCGCGGACACCGGCAGCAACACCACCUGUCCGCCCACCACCAAGGACUACUUCUACCUCCACCUUCUCGGCCGACAUGUCCAGCAAGCCUGUGGUUCCGCACUCCAAAUCGUACAUCAAACCAGCAACGAAGUCAGAGCCGAUCAUAGGGCUGAGCAUGUCCGAUAUCAUCGAUCAGGAGAGGCGUAAUCUGGAAAGCGUGAAGGAGGCAGUUGCCAAGCGCAGCCUGAUGGAGAUCCAGCAGGAGCAGGCGUUCCAAGAGUGGUGGGAGGAGGAGUCACGGCGGACGCAGGAGGAAGAGGCGAGGAGGUCAACCAGAGAGAAGGAGCGGGAGGAAGGGAGAAGCAGCAAAGGCAGACGAGGCCGGAGCGGGAAGCCCAGAGGCGGCAGAGGGGGCGGGGCCAGCGGUGUCAACCCUGGCCCCAGCGCCGACACGGCCAUCACUGCGGCUGCCGAGGGCGAGGCGGCGAGACAACAGAACCAGGACCAGGGGCGAGGAGGCCGGGGCAACAGGCGCGGCAGGGGUCGUGGUGGUGCUGCGAAGGCCUCGACUUGA